AGUUUAUGUACCUCUCAGUCUCGAUUGCAUCAUCAGAUACUCUUUACUCCCCCGCUCCCAAGUUGAUGUACCAAAUUGACAUUUUUCUCUAUAAAUAACAGAGCUGCACGCGCAAAACGAUGGCCGCGCUGAGAUACUCACUAUUGACUGCACAUAUCGCGAUUACUUCUACGUCUACUUCUGCUUCUAGGAUUUUCCUGAAAUUUCGAUCUAGCCCGACCUGGCCUAUUUCAUAUUCGGUUUCACCACUCUGCCGUAGAAGAUCUAGUAGCACCACUCACUCCAUGGCUCGGGAUACACUUGGCCUCACUUAUCCCAUUAAACUCGACCAUCCCAAGAUCUCAUUUGCCGCAAAAGCUACCGAUUUGGUUGAAUGGAAAGGAGAUAUCCUUGCAGUAGGCGUUACAGAGAAAGAUAUGGCAAGAGACGAGAACUCUAAGUUCCAGAAUACGAUCUUGCAAACGCUAGAUUCAAAAUUGAGCGGUUUGCUAUCAGAAGCCUCAUCCGAGGAGGAUUUCUCUGGGAAAUCAGGACAAUAUACUGUUCUUAGACUUCCUGGCAUUGGUUUUAAAAGGAUUGGGUUAGUAGGGCUUGGCCCAGCAGUUUUUUCAACCAAGGCUUAUCGGGCUCUGGGUGAGACCAUUGCUGCGGCUGCUAAAUCUACCCAGGCAAGUAGCAUUGCUGUUGCACUUGCUUCUGUUGAUGGCCUUUCGGAGGAAUCAAAGAUCAGUACUGCCUCUGCAAUAGCAAUCGGAACUGUGCUUGGCACUUUUGAAGAUAACAGGUUUAAGUCAAAGUCGAAGACUCCCACCCUUAAGUCUGUUGAUAUUAUUGGUCUUGGAAUUGGGGAUGAGAUCGAAAAAAAGCUCAAAUAUGCAGAACUUGUUUGUUCGGGUGUGAUAUUUGGGAAAGAGCUUGUGAAUACACCUGCCAAUGUACUUACCCCAGAGGUACUUGCUGAGGAGGCAAAAAGUAUUGCUUCAUUGUACAGUGAUGUUCUUAGUGCAAAAAUAUUGGAUGUUGAGCAGUGCAAAGAAUUGAAAAUGGGAUCUUAUUUAGGAGUUGCUGCGGCUUCUGCAAAUCAUCCUCAUUUCAUUCACUUGUGCUACAAACCUACUGGUGGAUCAGUCAAAUCCAAGCUUGCUUUAGUUGGAAAGGGAUUGACUUUUGACAGUGGGGGUUACAACAUCAAGACAGGCGCAGGCUGUUCCAUCGAAAUGAUGAAAUUUGACAUGGGUGGUGCAGCAGCAGUAUUAGGUGCAGCCAAAGCCAUAGCACAAAUAAAACCCGCUGGAGUGGAAAUACAUUUCAUUGUUGCUGCUUGUGAGAAUAUGAUUAGUGGGACCGGCAUGAGACCUGGAGACAUCCUCACAGCUUCAAAUGGAAAGACAAUUGAGGUUAACAAUACUGAUGCUGAAGGAAGGCUUACACUUGCCGAUGCCCUAGUAUACGCCUGCAAACAGGGUGUAGAUAAGAUAGUAGAUCUGGCUACACUAACAGGUGCCUGUGUAGUUGCUCUUGGACCCUCAGUUGCUGGGAUAUUCACGCCCAGCGAUGACCUGGCGAAGGAAGUGCUGGAAGCAGCUAAUGUCAGCGGUGAGAAACUAUGGAGGAUGCCUAUGGAGGAGAGUUACUGGGAGAGUAUGAAAUCGGGAGUGGCUGACAUGGUUAACACUGGCGGUCGCCAAGGGGGUGCAAUCACUGCAGCUCUUUUCUUGAAACAGUUUGUUGAUGAGAAGGUAGAGUGGAUGCAUAUUGACAUUGCGGGCCCGGUGUGGAAUGACAAGAAGAAGUGUGCAACGGGGUUUGCGAUUCCUACUCUGGUUGAAUGGGUGCAGAAAAACUCUUCCUAAGUGAUAUGUUACUCACACGACAACAACAGCAAACAGCAACAAGAAGACAGUGGCCUGAGGUUCUGAACAGAAAAAUGAAAAUGUUGUUGAACUUGUCUCAGAUACUUUGGAAUGACUAAGAAUACUGUUUAUAAGGAUACAAAAGUUUUUUUGCCCUGCUUUUAUUUUGGUCAUGAAUAAUAAAAUUGACAUGUUCAUCUCUGAUGGCUGGUCAUUUCAUGUGUUUGUUUAAAUGGCUUUUGCAUCUUUCUCCAGUUGCAAGAGCCUCACCAUUCACAAAGGCUCUAAAACUAUAGUACGUCUCAUGGAUUACAUGAUCCCUUACCAUUUUACAUCCAAGUUAGAAAAAAAAUUAUAAAUUAUUCUUAGAUAUUUACAACAAUAUUCUUAAAUCCAUAGCCUUUAUAGAAU